CGCGACUGCAGUUUGGUUUCCGGCCGGAGGCUCUCUGGGAGCGCCCCGCGUCCCCGGGGGGCGGCGGCGGCGGCGGCGGCGGCGGCUGAGGCUGCGGAGCAGCUGGGGGGUCCGGAAGUCAACACCAUGUCGAGUCUGCACAAGAGUCGGAUCGCAGAUUUCCAGGACGUCCUGAAGGAGCCUUCCAUUGCAUUGGAAAAGCUGCGGGAACUCAGUUUUAGUGGCAUCCCCUGUGAGGGCGGACUGCGGUGCCUCUGCUGGAAGAUCUUGCUGAACUACCUCCCCCUGGAGAGAGCCGCGUGGACGUCCAUCCUGGCCAAGCAGAGGGAGCUGUAUUCUCAGUUCCUGAGGGAGAUGAUCAUACAGCCUGGCAUUGCCAAGGCCAACAUGGGUGUGUCCAGGGAGGAUGUGACCUUUGAGGACCAUCCCCUCAACCCCAACCCCGACAGCCGGUGGAACACAUACUUCAGGGACAAUGAGGUGCUGCUGCAGAUCGACAAAGACGUCCGGAGGUUGUGCCCAGAUAUAUCCUUCUUCCAGAGGGCCACUGAGUACCCCUGUCUCCUCAUCCUGGACCCCCAGAAUGAGUUUGAGACCCUUCGUAAGCGCGUAGAACAGACAACGCUGAAAUCCCAGACAGUGGCCCGGAACCGGAGUGGGGUCACAAACAUGAGCUCCCCACACAAGAACUCUGUGCCGCCAUCCCUGGAUGAAUAUGAGGUGCUGCCCAAUGGCUGUGAGGCCCACUGGGAGGUGGUGGAGCGCAUCCUCUUCAUCUACGCCAAGCUCAACCCUGGCAUCGCUUACGUGCAGGGCAUGAACGAGAUCGUGGGGCCCCUCUACUACACCUUUGCCACCGACCCCAACAGUGAAUGGAAAGAGCACGCUGAGGCAGACACCUUUUUCUGCUUCACCAACCUCAUGGCUGAGAUCCGAGACAACUUCAUCAAGAGCCUGGAUGACUCGCAGUGUGGCAUCACCUACAAGAUGGAAAAGGUGUACUCCACCUUGAAGGAUAAAGAUGUGGAACUCUAUCUAAAACUGCAAGAGCAGAACAUCAAGCCCCAGUUCUUUGCCUUCCGCUGGCUGACACUGCUACUGUCCCAGGAGUUCUUGCUGCCUGAUGUCAUCCGUAUCUGGGACUCCCUCUUUGCUGAUGACAACCGCUUUGACUUCCUCCUCCUCGUCUGCUGUGCCAUGCUCAUACUGAUUCGGGAGCAGUUGCUGGAAGGGGACUUCACCGUCAACAUGCGGCUCCUGCAGGAUUACCCCAUCACAGAUGUCUGCCAGAUCCUACAGAAAGCCAAGGAACUCCAAGACUCAAAGUAGCCUGGCAGCAAGAGACCUAGAUUGGGGCAGCAGCUCAGCACCACCUGUGCUCUGGCUCCUGGGAUGUGCAGUGGCCUCAGGGGAAGUGGCAGGCUUUCAUGCCUAUUCUCACCACCCAGGCUGCUCCCACAGGGGCGCCCUGUGCUGUGCUCCUUCCCAGCCACCAAGCCCUGGUAUCUUCUCUGCUCUUCAAACCCUGGGACCCUCUGCCCAGACUGCUGAGCAGGAAUGGAGCUCCUGAACUUGUUUUCCUGUUGGGAGCGCAGGAUUCUGGCAAGGGACCCUCCCUGCCUCUGCUCUGCUGCUCUCUUCAUCCUUUCCUGCCUCCAGUCUCCUCCUGGAUGCUGGUUGGGGAGGUGCUUGGGAAAUGGGCCAGAAACCACUUCUGGGGGUUGGUGCUUAGGCUUCUCUGUGGGGAAAGUGACACCAAAGGAGCUAAGCAACUGCCAGGCCAGGGCCACCCUUCAUCUUCCACUGAGCGUGUGUGUCUGCUCACAGUUGCCAGUGGUGUAUUCCCGGAAUCCCACAGGUGUCCCUGCCUCUCUGUGUGCACAGGCGUAUUGGAGGUGAAGAGGGUGUCAUGGAGUCCCUGCAGGUCUCCCUGCUUCCUCUUCUCUGUCUCUGCCUCCCUCCGCUUCGUCCUCAGAGGUGUGUGUAAUACUCUUACUCUGUUCCUCUCUCCAUUACUGUUCCUCUGCCCUUCUCCUUGGGGUGCCUUAUCCUGAGCCCCGCCCUUCAUGAAGCCAGAAGACAGAAUGAGGAGUCUGGCUCAGCAAGGCCCCUGAUGGUUAACCUUGGCCUUGGCCAUCCCCCAACCUGAGGUUCCCAGGUCCCCCAGACUGGGAAGGAGUCCACAGUGCCUCACCAGAGGGCUCUGAUCCUGCUCCCCAAAACAGAAAUCUUGGAAACCAAAAGCUGCUGAGAAAUGAUGGCUGGUGAAGCUCUUGUCCCUGUUUUCUACCAGGGAAUAGAGGUGGGAGGUGAGGGAGCCCAGGUAUUUGAGAGGUUCCCCAGAGGUCCUCCAGUCUCAGAGGACAAUAACGUGGCUCGGCACAGGGGUUGGUAUCCAAGUGCUUCAGAAGCAUUGUCACCCUCCUGAAUUCCAGCCAGGUUCCAAGCCAGCAGUGUACAAGUCCCACAAAGGGCAGUUGGGACCCAGUGAAGCCUCCCUGGGUCCUGGUAUAACUGGAUGUGUAGACUGGAUUCUGUCAGGGCCGGCGGGCCAUGUCUGCACCUUGGUGUGCCCUCUACACACCAAGGGCAGUGCUGGCCCUUCCCCUCUGAUCACCUGCUUGGGCUGUUCCCAGGAUUUAGGGCAGGUGUAUCCUGAGCAGGAGCCACUGACUGCUCCCAGUUCUGCAAGGAGUGAGUUGUGUUCUGACCAAGUCCCUUCCCAGCUUGUGUGAAGAGGGCAGGUGGUCUGGAUCUGAAGGCUGGGCAUUGGAGCAAGAGUCCUUACCCUGUCCCCAGACUGGCCAGGAGCUGGCCUAGCAGCCCUGUUGCCCCCGAAUCCUUGCUGAGUCUGACAGGCAGGGCUUCCUGCUGCCCUCAGACCCUGCUGGGUGCUGAGGCGCUCCUCCAAUGCUGCCAGGACCUACUGCAUUUGCCUGCUUGCCACCUUCUCUCCUAUCAGUGUCCCGGGAGAGUCCUUCCUAUUUAUUCUGAUUCCUGGCUAUUUAUUGCAGAUUGGCAAGUGCUUUGGGGUGGGGGUGAGGCGUUGGGAAGAUAGGAGUUGGAAACCUGGUCCUGUUAUUUCUCAAGGUCAACAUAGACAUCCUCUCCCCUGCUUCUGGAUCCUUUAGGAUUUCUAGGAGGUCCUGGCUGGGAUGACUGUGAGCUCUGCACUGGAGUUGAGUGUAGAGAAACCAGACAGCUGGUGUCCUUGCCAGCUUCAGAGACUCUGGAGAUGGGGCAGACACACUCCUGCCAGCCUGGCCCACCCUUCACCCAGAACUUGUCAGCUUUGGUUCCUUCCCAACUUUGCCCCUGUCACAACCUGAGGCGUGGGCUACUGCCUGGGACCCAGCAGAUACUGCCCAGGACACCCAAUGCAUUCCCUCUUGCCUGUCCCUGGCUUCCUUCCUGGGACCAUACUACUUGAAUCACUGCAUCUGAUUUUCCUCAGUGGGACAGCUGAGUCCAGUGCCCUCCUUGUCCUUCAGAUGAAGGUCAAGAGCCCAGGGACCAUGUCUUGGUUGAGCUGAGCUUCCCAGUGGGUGCUGUGUAAGGAAGGGACCUGCCCUUGACUCCUCCAGAUUCUCAAGAGAGGGCCAGAGUCAGAGUGCCUAAGGCUUCUACUGGGAAGCUACCCCAAGACCUGGUUACUACAGCUUGAGCUGUGAAUGCAGGAGGUCUCAGUCCAGAGGGUCAGAGUGGUAAUCUGCUUUUGUUUAUUCAUCUGUUUUGUUCUUUGAAUCAGUGCUGUUGAUGAUGAGUUGUCUUUAAUAAAUCAUGUGUUCUUUGCAGUGGG